AUGGCGCCCCGCUGCAAAGUCGAAGAACACUCGCCGCUCCGCGAGGCCGCGAUGGGGUGGGGGGAGGAGGGCGGCGGCGUGGGUGAUAGAGGUGGCGGGCAACGGGCAGCGUGGGGCAAACGGUCCGCUCGCCUGUCUGCAGUUCAGGCGUUGAAGCCUGCAGCCAGCGUCCUAGCAGCCAGCAGUGGUUCCUGCCAGCAGCCUGCAGCCAGCGUCCUAGCAGCCAGCAGUGGUUCCUGCCAGCAGCCUGCAGCCAGCGUCCUAGCAGCCAGCAGUGGUUCCUGCCAGCAGCCUGCAGCCAGCGUCCUAGCAGCCAGCAGUGGUUCCUGCCAGCAGCCUGCAGCCAGCGUCCUAGCAGCCAGCAGUGGUUCCUCCCAGCAGCCUGCAGCCAGCGUCCUAGCAGCCAGCAGUGGUUCCUGCCAGCAGCCUGCAGCCAGCGUCCUAGCAGCCAGCAGUGGUUCCUGCCAGCAGCCUGCAGCCAGCGUCCUAGCAGCCAGCAGUGGUUCCUGCCAGCAGCCUGCAGCCAGCGUCCUAGCAGCCAGCAGUGGUUCCUGCCAGCAGCCUGCAGCCAGCGUCCUAGCAGCCAGCAGUGGUUCCUGCCAGCAGCCUGCAGCCAGCGUCCUAGCAGCCAGCAGUGGUUCCUCCCAGCAGCCUGCAGCCAGCGUCCUAGCAGCCAGCAGUGGUUCCUGCCAGCAGCCUGCAGCCAGCGUCCUAGCAGCCAGCAGUGGUUCCUCCCAGCAGCCUGCAGCCAGCGUCCUAGCAGCCAGCAGUGGUUCCUGCCAGCAGCCUGCAGCCAGCGUCCUAGCAGCCAGCAGUGGUUCCUGCCAGCAGCCUGCAGCCAGCGUCCUAGCAGCCAGCAGUGGUUCCUGCCAGCAGCCUGCAGCCAGCGUCCUAGCAGCCAGCAGUGGUUCCUCCCAGCAGCCUGCAGCCAGCGUCCUAGCAGCCAGCAGUGGUUCCUGCCAGCAGCCUGCAGCCAGCGUCCUAGCAGCCAGCAGUGGUUCCUGCCAGCAGCCUGCAGCCAGCGUCCUAGCAGCCAGCAGUGGUUCCUGCCAGCAGCCUGCAGCCAGCGUCCUAGCAGCCAGCAGUGGUUCCUGCCAGCAGCCUGCAGCCAGCGUCCUAGCAGCCAGCAGUGGUUCCUCCCAGCAGCCUGCAGCCAGCGUCCUAGCAGCCAGCAGUGGUUCCUGCCAGCAGCCUGCAGCCAGCGUCCUAGCAGCCAGCAGUGGUUCCUCCCAGCAGCCUGCAGCCAGCGUCCUAGCAGCCAGCAGUGGUUCCUGCCAGCAGCCUGCAGCCAGCGUCCUAGCAGCCAGCAGUGGUUCCUCCCAGCAGCCUGCAGCCAGCGUCCUAGCAGCCAGCAGUGGUUCCUGCCAGCAGCCUGCAGCCAGCGUCCUAGCAGCCAGCAGUGGUUCCUCCCAGCAGCCUGCAGCCAGCGUCCUAGCAGCCAGCAGUGGUUCCUGCCAGCAGCCUGCAGCCAGCGUCCUAGCAGCCAGCAGUGGUUCCUGCCAGCAGCCUGCAGCCAGCGUCCUAGCAGCCAGCAGUGGUUCCUCCCAGCAGCCUGCAGCCAGCGUCCUAGCAGCCAGCAGUGGUUCCUGCCAGCAGCCUGCAGCCAGCGUCCUAGCAGCCAGCAGUGGUUCCUGCCAGCAGCCUGCAGCCAGCGUCCUAGCAGCCAGCAGUGGUUCCUGCCAGCAGCCUGCAGCCAGCGUCCUAGCAGCCAGCAGUGGUUCCUCCCAGCAGCCUGCAGCCAGCGUCCUAGCAGCCAGCAGUGGUUCCUGCCAGCAGCCUGCAGCCAGCGUCCUAGCAGCCAGCAGUGGUUCCUGCCAGCAGCCUGCAGCCAGCGUCCUAGCAGCCAGCAGUGGUUCCUGCCAGCAGCCUGCAGCCAGCGUCCUAGCAGCCAGCAGUGGUUCCUGCCAGCAGCCUGCAGCCAGCGUCCUAGCAGCCAGCAGUGGUUCCUGCCAGCAGCCUGCAGCCAGCGUCCUAGCAGCCAGCAGUGGUUCCUGCCAGCAGCCUGCAGCCAGCGUCCUAGCAGCCAGCAGUGGUUCCUGCCAGCAGCCUGCAGCCAGCGUCCUAGCAGCCAGCAGUGGUUCCUCCCAGCAGCCUGCAGCCAGCGUCCUAGCAGCCAGCAGUGGUUCCUCCCAGCAGCCUGCAGCCAGCGUCCUAGCAGCCAGCAGUGGUUCCUGCCAGCAGCCUGCAGCCAGCGUCCUAGCAGCCAGCAGUGGUUCCUGCCAGCAGCCUGCAGCCAGCGUCCUAGCAGCCAGCAGUGGUUCCUGCCAGCAGCCUGCAGCCAGCGUCCUAGCAGCCAGCAGUGGUUCCUCCCAGCAGCCUGCAGCCAGCGUCCUAGCAGCCAGCAGUGGUUCCUGCCAGCAGCCUGCAGCCAGCGUCCUAGCAGCCAGCAGUGGUUCCUCCCAGCAGCCUGCAGCCAGCGUCCUAGCAGCCAGCAGUGGUUCCUGCCAGCAGCCUGCAGCCAGCGUCCUAGCAGCCAGCAGUGGUUCCUGCCAGCAGCCUGCAGCCAGCGUCCUAGCAGCCAGCAGUGGUUCCUCCCAGCAGCCUGCAGCCAGCGUCCUAGCAGCCAGCAGUGGUUCCUGCCAGCAGCCUGCAGCCAGCGUCCUAGCAGCCAGCAGUGGUUCCUGCCAGCAGCCUGCAGCCAGCGUCCUAGCAGCCAGCAGUGGUUCCUGCCAGCAGCCUGCAGCCAGCGUCCUAGCAGCCAGCAGUGGUUCCUGCCAGCAGCCUGCAGCCAGCGUCCUAGCAGCCAGCAGUGGUUCCUGCCAGCAGCCUGCAGCCAGCGUCCUAGCAGCCAGCAGUGGUUCCUGCCAGCAGCCUGCAGCCAGCGUCCUAGCAGCCAGCAGUGGUUCCUGCCAGCAGCCUGCAGCCAGCGUCCUAGCAGCCAGCAGUGGUUCCUGCCAGCAGCCUGCAGCCAGCGUCCUAGCAGCCAGCAGUGGUUCCUGCCAGCAGCCUGCAGCCAGCGUCCUAGCAGCCAGCAGUGGUUCCUGCCAGCAGCCUGCAGCCAGCGUCCUAGCAGCCAGCAGUGGUUCCUGCCAGCAGCCUGCAGCCAGCGUCCUAGCAGCCAGCAGUGGUUCCUGCCAGCAGCCUGCAGCCAGCGUCCUAGCAGCCAGCAGUGGUUCCUGCCAGCAGCCUGCAGCCAGCGUCCUAGCAGCCAGCAGUGGUUCCUCCCAGCAGCCUGCAGCCAGCGUCCUAGCAGCCAGCAGUGGUUCCUGCCAGCAGCCUGCAGCCAGCGUCCUAGCAGCCAGCAGUGGUUCCUGCCAGCAGCCUGCAGCCAGCGUCCUAGCAGCCAGCAGUGGUUCCUGCCAGCAGCCUGCAGCCAGCGUCCUAGCAGCCAGCAGUGGUUCCUCCCAGCAGCCUGCAGCCAGCGUCCUAGCAGCCAGCAGUGGUUCCUGCCAGCAGCCUGCAGCCAGCGUCCUAGCAGCCAGCAGUGGUUCCUCCCAGCAGCCUGCAGCCAGCGUCCUAGCAGCCAGCAGUGGUUCCUGCCAGCAGCCUGCAGCCAGCGUCCUAGCAGCCAGCAGUGGUUCCUCCCAGCAGCCUGCAGCCAGCGUCCUAGCAGCCAGCAGUGGUUCCUGCCAGCAGCCUGCAGCCAGCGUCCUAGCAGCCAGCAGUGGUUCCUGCCAGCAGCCUGCAGCCAGCGUCCUAGCAGCCAGCAGUGGUUCCUCCCAGCAGCCUGCAGCCAGCGUCCUAGCAGCCAGCAGUGGUUCCUGCCAGCAGCCUGCAGCCAGCGUCCUAGCAGCCAGCAGUGGUUCCUGCCAGCAGCCUGCAGCCAGCGUCCUAGCAGCCAGCAGUGGUUCCUGCCAGCAGCCUGCAGCCAGCGUCCUAGCAGCCAGCAGUGGUUCCUCCCAGCAGCCUGCAGCCAGCGUCCUAGCAGCCAGCAGUGGUUCCUGCCAGCAGCCUGCAGCCAGCGUCCUAGCAGCCAGCAGUGGUUCCUGCCAGCAGCCUGCAGCCAGCGUCCUAGCAGCCAGCAGUGGUUCCUGCCAGCAGCCUGCAGCCAGCGUCCUAGCAGCCAGCAGUGGUUCCUGCCAGCAGCCUGCAGCCAGCGUCCUAGCAGCCAGCAGUGGUUCCUCCCAGCAGCCUGCAGCCAGCGUCCUAGCAGCCAGCAGUGGUUCCUCCCAGCAGCCUGCAGCCAGCGUCCUAGCAGCCAGCAGUGGUUCCUGCCAGCAGCCUGCAGCCAGCGUCCUAGCAGCCAGCAGUGGUUCCUGCCAGCAGCCUGCAGCCAGCGUCCUAGCAGCCAGCAGUGGUUCCUCCCAGCAGCCUGCAGCCAGCGUCCUAGCAGCCAGCAGUGGUUCCUGCCAGCAGCCUGCAGCCAGCGUCCUAGCAGCCAGCAGUGGUUCCUCCCAGCAGCCUGCAGCCAGCGUCCUAGCAGCCAGCAGUGGUUCCUGCCAGCAGCCUGCAGCCAGCGUCCUAGCAGCCAGCAGUGGUUCCUGCCAGCAGCCUGCAGCCAGCGUCCUAGCAGCCAGCAGUGGUUCCUCCCAGCAGCCUGCAGCCAGCGUCCUAGCAGCCAGCAGUGGUUCCUGCCAGCAGCCUGCAGCCAGCGUCCUAGCAGCCAGCAGUGGUUCCUGCCAGCAGCCUGCAGCCAGCGUCCUAGCAGCCAGCAGUGGUUCCUGCCAGCAGCCUGCAGCCAGCGUCCUAGCAGCCAGCAGUGGUUCCUGCCAGCAGCCUGCAGCCAGCGUCCUAGCAGCCAGCAGUGGUUCCUGCCAGCAGCCUGCAGCCAGCGUCCUAGCAGCCAGCAGUGGUUCCUGCCAGCAGCCUGCAGCCAGCGUCCUAGCAGCCAGCAGUGGUUCCUCCCAGCAGCCUGCAGCCAGCGUCCUAGCAGCCAGCAGUGGUUCCUGCCAGCAGCCUGCAGCCAGCGUCCUAGCAGCCAGCAGUGGUUCCUGCCAGCAGCCUGCAGCCAGCGUCCUAGCAGCCAGCAGUGGUUCCUGCCAGCAGCCUGCAGCCAGCGUCCUAGCAGCCAGCAGUGGUUCCUGCCAGCAGCCUGCAGCCAGCGUCCUAGCAGCCAGCAGUGGUUCCUGCCAGCAGCCUGCAGCCAGCGUCCUAGCAGCCAGCAGUGGUUCCUGCCAGCAGCCUGCAGCCAGCGUCCUAGCAGCCAGCAGUGGUUCCUGCCAGCAGCCUGCAGCCAGCGUCCUAGCAGCCAGCAGUGGUUCCUCCCAGCAGCCUGCAGCCAGCGUCCUAGCAGCCAGCAGUGGUUCCUGCCAGCAGCCUGCAGCCAGCGUCCUAGCAGCCAGCAGUGGUUCCUGCCAGCAGCCUGCAGCCAGCGUCCUAGCAGCCAGCAGUGGUUCCUGCCAGCAGCCUGCAGCCAGCGUCCUAGCAGCCAGCAGUGGUUCCUGCCAGCAGCCUGCAGCCAGCGUCCUAGCAGCCAGCAGUGGUUCCUGCCAGCAGCCUGCAGCCAGCGUCCUAGCAGCCAGCAGUGGUUCCUCCCAGCAGCCUGCAGCCAGCGUCCUAGCAGCCAGCAGUGGUUCCUGCCAGCAGCCUGCAGCCAGCGUCCUAGCAGCCAGCAGUGGUUCCUCCCAGCAGCCUGCAGCCAGCGUCCUAGCAGCCAGCAGUGGUUCCUGCCAGCAGCCUGCAGCCAGCGUCCUAGCAGCCAGCAGUGGUUCCUCCCAGCAGCCUGCAGCCAGCGUCCUAGCAGCCAGCAGUGGUUCCUGCCAGCAGCCUGCAGCCAGCGUCCUAGCAGCCAGCAGUGGUUCCUGCCAGCAGCCUGCAGCCAGCGUCCUAGCAGCCAGCAGUGGUUCCUGCCAGCAGCCUGCAGCCAGCGUCCUAGCAGCCAGCAGUGGUUCCUGCCAGCAGCCUGCAGCCAGCGUCCUAGCAGCCAGCAGUGGUUCCUGCCAGCAGCCUGCAGCCAGCGUCCUAGCAGCCAGCAGUGGUUCCUGCCAGCAGCCUGCAGCCAGCGUCCUAGCAGCCAGCAGUGGUUCCUGCCAGCAGCCUGCAGCCAGCGUCCUAGCAGCCAGCAGUGGUUCCUCCCAGCAGCCUGCAGCCAGCGUCCUAGCAGCCAGCAGUGGUUCCUGCCAGCAGCCUGCAGCCAGCGUCCUAGCAGCCAGCAGUGGUUCCUGCCAGCAGCCUGCAGCCAGCAUCCUAGCAGCCAGCAGUGAUUUCACAAGCAGCAGUGCCUACCCCAUCGACAUCAUCACCGGCUGCUUCAUCACUCAGACUUUCACGAAUGGCAGUAUCGCCACCUCUACUGUCAGCCUGCAUCACCAUCGUUCACACCGCAACUAUCUACUUUUGUAUCACUGA